AUUACUUUCCUAGACUCUAGUCAGGAGCAGGAUGUUGGAAGUCAGAGGUACGGGGAAGCUGCCUUUUUAGGCAGCCCACAUGAAAGGCAUGGAAGAGGAGAUGGUUUGUGUUACGCAGUGGCCGUUUAACUGGAGAUCCGGACGUCUUGGAAUAUUACAAAAAUGAUCAUGCCAAGAAGCCUAUCCGUAUCAUCGAUUUAAAUUUAUGUCAACAAGUUGAUGCCGGAUUGACAUUUAACAAAAAAGAGUUCGAAAACAGCUACAUCUUUGACAUCAACACUAUUGACCGGAUUUUCUACUUGGUAGCAGACAGUGAGGAGGAGAUGAAUAAGUGGGUUCGUUGUAUUUGCGACAUCUGUGGGUUUAAUCCUACAGAAGAAGAACCUGUGAAACCCCCCGGCAGCUCCUUACAAGCGCCCGCUGAUUUGCCUUUGGCUAUAAGUACUGCGCCACCAUCCACCCAGGCGGAUCCUUCCUCUGCUGGUCUACCUCCUCCCUAUCAACUGAUCAACGUUCCACCACACCUGGAAACUCGGGGCCUCCAGGAGGAUCCCCAAGACUACCUCUUGCUAAUCAACUGUCAAAGCAAGAAGCCUGAACCCGCCAGCCAAGGGUCAUCUUUUGUUUCUGAAGAAGGAGAGGAAUACCUACUGCUGGAAGAUUUUGAAAGCAAAACGAUUCCGUUGCAAGCACACGCGGACCCUGCAAAAUCCUCGUCUUCUGAAACAGACUGCAACGAUAACGUCCCUUCUCAUAAAAAUCCUGCUUCCUCCCAGAGCAAACAUGGAGUGAAUGGCUUUUUUCAGCAACAGAUGAUAUACGACUCCCCACCUUCACGGGCCACAUCAGUUUCUGUAGACUCGAGCCUUUAUUACCUGCCCAGGAGUUACUCCCAUGAUGUUUUACCAAAGGUGUCUCCGUCAAGUACCGAGGCAGAUGGAGAACUCUACGUGUUUAACACCCCAUCUGGGACAUCGAGCAUGGAGGCUCAAAUGAGGCAUGUAUCUAUCAGUUAUGACAUUCCUCCAACACCUGGUAAUACUUACCAGAUUCCACGAACAUUUCCAGAAGGAACCUUGGGGCAGACGUCGAAGCUCGACACUAUUCCAGAUAUCCCUCCACCUCGGCCACCGAAACCACAUCCAGCUCACGACCGAUCUCCUGUGGAAACAUGUAGCGUCCCACGCACGGCCUCGGACCCUGACAGUAGUUAUUGUGUCCCUACGGCAGGGAUGCCGCCAUCGCGUAGUAAUACCAUUUCCACUGUGGAUUUGAACAAAUUGCGAAAAGAUGCUAGUUCCCAAGACUGCUAUGAUAUACCACGAACAUUUCCAAGUGAUAGAUCUAGUUCACUUGAAGGCUUCCAUAACCACUUUAAAAUCAAAAAUGUGUUGACAGUUGGAAGUGUAUCAAGUGAAGAGCUAGACGAAAAUUACGUCCCAAUGAAUCCCAACUCACCGCCACGACAGCAUUCCAGCAGUUUUACAGAACCAAUUCAGGAAGCAAAUUAUGUGCCAAUGACUCCCGGAACGUUUGAUUUUUCUUCAUUUGGAAUGCAAGUUCCUCCUCCUGCUCAUAUGGGCUUCAGGUCUAGCCCGAAGACCCCUCCCAGAAGGCCAGUUCCCGUCGCAGACUGUGAACCGCCCCCCGUGGAUAGGAACCUGAAGCCAGAUAGAAAAGGUCAAAGUCCUAAAAUUUUAAGACCCAAACCCCAUGGUUUAGAGCGAACUGAUUCACAAACCAUAGGUGACUUUGCUACAAGAAGAAAGGCCAAGCCAGCACCUUUAGAAAUAAAACCUUUGCCAGAAUGGGAAGAAUUACAGGCCCCGGUUAGAUCCCCCAUCACAAGGAGUUUUGCUCGAGAUUCUUCCAGGUUUCCCCUGUCCCCCCGACCGGAUUCAGUGCAUAGCACAACUUCAAGCAGCGACUCGCACGACAGCGAAGAGAAUUAUGUUCCCAUGAACCCAAACUUGUCCAGUGAAGACCCAAAUCUCUUUGGCAGUAACAGUCUUGAUGGAGGAAGCAGUCCUAUGAUCAAGCCCAAAGGAGACAAACAAGUGGAAUACCUUGAUCUUGAUUUAGAUUCUGGGAAAUCCACACCACCACGUAAGCAAAAGAGCAGUGGCUCCGGCAGCAGCGUGGCCGACGAGAGAGUGGAUUAUGUUGUGGUUGACCAACAGAAGACCCUGGCUCUCAAAAACACCCGGGAAGCCUGGACGGAUGGGAGACAGUCCACAGAAUCAGAAACACCAGCCAAGAGCGUGAAGUGAAAAGACCGCUUUGCCAUUUCUGAACGAAAGGGAACUGAACUGUAAAAUAAAUCCCGUUUGAAGAUGACGUGACACUUCUGCUUGAGAAGAACCUCAGAUGGGUGGAGUUGAAGCCGAAGGACCUUUCAGACAUGACCAAGCGAUUUAGACUUACAUGGUGCUUUGUGGCAUCUGAACAGUUCAUCCCAUGUAAAUAAAAGCGGGAAAAUAAUAUUGUUUAGCUCCCCAGAGAAGCCCUUGUUCCAUAGUUAACACACUUGUAGUAUUACUGUAUUUAUGCACUUUUUCAUUUAAAACAUUGUUUGGGGUGUUCCCAGUGUACCUUGACAUGAUUCCUUUGGGAGUUCUUGUUUUUCCUCACACUACUUUUAUAUAACAGUACUAAGUCAACUAAGCUACUUUUAGAUUUGGAAAUUGCUGUCUAAACGGCAGUCUAAUAACCUUCAAGUGAGAAUUAGAUUCACAAGUUGGCCUUCUAUCUGGAGCUUUAAGUGGUGACCAUUAGCUUAAACUACAGAGUAUCGGUGAAGAUAAAUGGAUGUACUGGUGUCAGGCCCUGGUUCUCUGGUUGGUGACCAUUUUCGUGUUUAAUGGAGGAACCCUGUUAUGUUUUGUUAAUCACAGCAUUUUUCGUUCACUGAGUAAAGAUUCUGCCGGGCAGGAUCUUACAUACACCUUUGAAAGACUGAGUAAUCAUACUAUCAAGUAAGCCUGCAAAUCAUCGAUGGCAUGCAGUGAUAAUGUGCUCCGACCCUUGUUAACACGUGUUAAAUGUUAUUUGCAAAAGGUAGAUGAUAUUAAUAUAACUAAUCAGGUACGUACCAGGCACUGAUGUGCUCAUACACUGGUCAGGUUUAGACAAUGAGCUUUGGUUGUGUUCUUGUUAGUCCUAAUAUUGGUUUCCAGUUUGGAAUUAAUAAAACACUUGACAUUCACUGUUAGUUAGAGCAACAUACUGUGAUUUUUUAAUUAGACAGUAAUUCAGAUUUAUUACUCUAAGAAUGAAAUUCUAUCUUUUGACACCAUAGUGCUCUUUCUAUGACUUUUUUUUUUCUUGAUAUUCUUCUUGGCCUUAUAUUUAAAUCCCUAUGCAAUUAAUAUUUUAUAUCUGCAUUUUUAAAAAAUAGAUGUUAUAUAAGUGAUUCUCAGAUGUAGCACCUACUACUUUCUCAGUAAAAGAGUUAAGGAUUUUGUACUGUGAUUUAUAUUCACUGCCCCAGUUCAAGAAAUAUUGGAGCCUUGCUAGAAUGUGAAAUCUUAUAGUUGUGGACCCCUUCCAGCUGGAUUUCUGAAACCUCCAGAGGGACAGUGUAGUUCUGUCUCACUUAUAAUAUGGUUCUCUGACACGAAUAUCAAGACCACAAAUUAUAGUGAGGCUACAGUUAUCUCCAUCUCUCUUGGCUUUGCAGCAUCAUUUAGGAAGCAGGUAUAGUUGUUGGCUUGUUUGUUUAACCAAGUUACGUACAGUCUCUUAUGUAUUGAUUUUAAGACUUACUAACAGGUUUCGGAGGGAGCAUACAGAGAGAAGAGCCCACCGCUGGGGCAGGACUACCACCGUUCAAACCUCUAACUGUUGCCCGAAUUACACAGAUGUGCCCUGAUUUCUGGCCCAUUGGCCAUAGUACUGUGCCUAAUCAAUGUCAUAGGUUUAUUUCCCCGAUCCACAAACUAAAAAUGUUCCUAGCAAGAUGAAUUGUAGAUUAGUAACCUUUGAUGCUUUUAAAUGUUUGCUUCUUUUUAAACAAAAGCUAAAACCCAGAAGUGAAUUUUGAGGUGAACUUUUAAAUAAAAAAAAAAAAAAAAAAAA